UCAGGUCAGAUGAAGACGACCCAAGUGGGAGCAAGUAUACUAGAAUGGAAGACGACAAUAUACAGGACAAGGAACGAUUUGCAAGUAGGGAGAACCAUUGCGAGAUCGAGAGGAGGCGACGGAACAAGAUGACGGCCUACAUCACGGAACUGUCAGACAUGGUGCCGACUUGCAGCGCCCUCGCCAGGAAGCCGGACAAGCUCACCAUACUGAGGAUGGCGGUGGCGCACAUGAAACAACUAAGGGGCACUGGAAACACGAGCACCGACGGCACCUACAAACCCUCCUUCCUGACCGACCAGGAGCUGAAGCACCUGAUCCUGGAGGCGGCCGACGGAUUCCUGUUCGUGGUCAGCUGCGACACCGGUCGCGUCAUCUACGUGUCCGACUCGGUGGCGCCCGUGCUGAACUUCUCUCAGAACGACUGGUACGGCACCUGCCUCUAUGACAACCUGCAUCCGGAGGACGUCGAGAAGGUGCGGGAGCAGCUGUCGACGCAGGAGCCGCAGAACACGGGCAGGAUUUUGGAUUUGAAGACCGGGACGGUGAAGAAGGAGGGCAAUCAUUCUUCCAUGAGGCUAUGCAUGGGCUCGAGGCGGGGCUUCAUCUGUCGGAUGAAGGUAGGCAACCUGCCGGCCGAGAGCAUGGCCGCCGGCCACCUGAAUCGGCUCAAGCAGCGGAACAGUCUCGGGCCGAGCCGGGACGGGCAGAACUUCGCGGUCGUCCACUGUACGGGGUACAUCAAAAAUUGGCCGCCCUCAGACAUGUUCCCAGGCGUGCAGCUCGACCGACAGACGGAGGACGACCUGCACGCGCAGACGCACUGCUGCCUGGUGGCCAUCGGCCGGCUGCAGGUCACCUCGACGCCGAACACCAGCGACAUGGCGGGGUCCGGCGGCGGCGCCGAGUUCAUCUCCCGACAUUCGAUGGACGGCAAGUUUACGUUCGUGGACCAAAGGGUGAUCGGGCUGUUGGGGUACGCGCCGCCUGAGCUGCUCGGGAAGAGCUGUUUCGAUUUUUUCCAUCCCGAGGAUCAGACGCACAUGAAGGACAGCUUCGAACAAGUGUUGAAACUGAAAGGGCAAGUCCUCUCGGUGAUGUACCGAUUCCGGGCGAAGAACAGAGAAUGGGUGUGGCUGCGCACCAGCGCGUUCUCCUUCCUCAACCCGUACACCGACGAGGUGGAGUACAUCGUGUGCACGAACACCACCGCCAAGUCGCUGCAUUCGACCAGCGAAGCGCCGCCGGCUGAGGCGCCCGAGCAGGUCGCCUACCAGCAGCCGGGCCUGGACUAUAGCCUGCAGCGACGCGACCCCGGCCUCUACUCCCACAUGCUGCCCACCAGUCAACAUAUCCAGAGCGAGUACCUGCCCAUGUCGACGGCGGCCGGCUGCCCCGACCGGGCGGACGACGCGCGCUACCCGCGGCUGCUGGCCGACGCGCAACAGGCCGCCCGCCCCGCCAGCGGUCAGAACGUCUACGCGGGCUACGAGCCGACGCCGUCGCCGAUCGCGUACGGCUCGCCGUCGCAGGCCGGCGCCACCUGCAGCAGCAGCGCCAGCGUGCUCGCCAGACUGAGCAAGGGCGGUCCCACGACCAGCCCUACCCCCGCGGCGGCCGCGUGGAGUUUGCGCCAGCCCCCGCCCGCCCCCAACGACGGAGGCGGCUACCAGUACGGCCAGCCCAGCCCGAGGUCGCCCGGUCCCACGUACACCCAACUGAGCGGCGGUGGGCGGGCCGCUGCAGGCCCCGCCUACCAGUGGACGAGCUGGCAGACACAGGCGCAGGCGCAGCCGCAAGCGACCGACGCGGCUCCGCGAGAGCCGCCGGCCGCACAGCCGCAGCCGCACGAGUUGAGCGACAUGCUGCAGAUGCUGGAUCAAGGUGGCGCCGCGUCGUUCGAGGAUCUGAACAUGUUCAAUACAACGUUCGAGUGAGGGGGUGGUAGGGCGGUCGGGGGAGACGUUGACUGUGGCUAUCGCGGAUGAGACGGCUCGGGUUCUGGGAAAGAAUCGAGAUAUUU